CUAGUUUUUUAGCGCUUUUGUAUAUACAUAUAGACGUUCGCGACUUAUACCGUGUAAGUGGAGAAGAGUAGGUAUUGCGCACAUGCCACACUGCAUGUUCUGCACGGGUGCGAAUCUCGCGAGGCAGUUGCGUUUCAUCUCCGCUAUUGCACCGAUCAUCGAUCAUCGUCGCGCCUAUCCUAACGAUAUAGUAUAACACAUCGCCCGUUAACAAGAGUGAGUGAUAAUAGCACUCCGCGCUUUACAUCUGUCCCCGAGAUUAUUAUUUGAGCGAGCUCUCCUGCGGCUUUAUACUGCUGCAAAUCCGUACAUUAACUCAAAAUUCACUGCAAAAUCAACUGAAAAUGACGACAAUAUUCAACGGCAUCGAAUUGGGACCACCCAUCGAGGUAUUCGCCCUCAGCAAGGCUUUCCAGGAUGAUCCCCAUUCACCAAAAGUCAAUUUGACCGUUGGAGCCUACCGAACCAAUGAAGGCAAACCAUGGGUGCUACCUGUUGUAAGGAAAACUGAAUCUGCUCUUGCAGCUGAUGAAACCUUAAACCAUGAAUAUCUCCCUGUGCUGGGCUUAGAUUCAUUCAGUCAAGCAGCCACUCGCAUGCUAUUGGGAAAUGAUUCCAAAGCUAUUUUGGAAGGAAGAGUUAUUGCAGUACAAAGUUUAUCUGGUACAGGUGCUCUCAGAUUGGCAGCUGAAUUUCUUUCUCGUAUUAUGCAUUUAGAUACAUUUUAUUAUAGUAAACCAACAUGGGAAAAUCACAGGUUGGUCUUUUUGAAUGGAGGUUUCACUAAAAAUUGUGAAUACCGCUAUUGGAAUCCCAAAACCUGUGGUAUUGACUUUGAAGGCAUGAUCGAGGAUCUUGAAAAGGCUCCAGAACAUGCUGUUGUUAUUUUGCAUGCUUGUGCUCAUAAUCCUACCGGUUGUGAUCCAACUCAUGAACAAUGGAAUAAAAUAGCAGAUGUGAUUGAAAAAAAGAGGCUGUUUACUCUUUUUGACAGCGCGUAUCAAGGCUUUGCUAGUGGAGAUCUAGAUUUUGAUGCUUAUGCUCCAAGAUUAUUUGUGUCAAGAGGCAUUGAAUUCAUUUGCACCCAAAGUUUUGCAAAAAAUUUUGGAUUGUAUAAUGAAAGAGUGGGUAAUUUUGUAUUAGUAUCUAAUACUACAAAACAAAUUCCUGAGAUGAAAUCUCAGUUAACUCUAAUUGUAAGAGGAAUGUAUAGCAAUCCACCAAAUCAUGGAGCUAGAGUCGUUUCUACAGUACUCAAUAAUCCUGAACUGUACGAAGAAUGGAGAGAUCAUAUUCGUACAAUGUCUGGUAGAAUUAAAGAGAUGAGAAAAGGUCUUUAUAAUAGACUAGUGACUUUAAAUACUCCUGGAAAUUGGGAACAUAUUGUAAAUCAAAUUGGAAUGUUUUCUUAUACUGGUCUUUCAGAAAAACAAGUGGAGUAUCUGAUUCAAAAUUAUCACAUUUAUUUAUUAAGAAGUGGACGUAUCAACAUGUCUGGUUUAAGUGAAAACAAUAUAGAUUACGUUGCUACAGCCAUUCAUGAUGCUGUCACUAAACAUACAUCAAAAAUAUAAAGAAUUUUUCUUUAAUUUGUUGAGAAAGUACAAAUUGUUAAGGAAAAAUGCUUAACACAUUUCUCAAAGACAAUUCCAACUUUUCAAAGAUAUAUUUGUAAAAAUAUAUUUUUUUAAAGAGAAAUAUUUUUUAAUGUCAUCAUAUAUUAUCAAAUAAUAAUUAAAAAAUUAAUUGACUGCAAUAAUUAUCACGUAAGAACAAAAAAACAUCGAAUUUAUUCAGUGAAUAUUAGUUGGUUCCAUGUCAAAGAUAAAUGAAUUGAAGCAAAUAUUCUCAUAUAAUAUACCCAGGUAGAUUGAUAGAAAGAGAAAAAAUAGAUAUGUAUAAAUAGAAAUGCAACUUACAAUAAUAUCAAAACAUAAGUGUCAAAACUUUAAACAGAAAGUAUUGAAACUGUUUGUUAUAGUGCAGUUUUACAAAUGUGUUAUGAUAAUAAUUUUGAAAUAUAUUCCAUUAUUGUACUGCCGAUAUCUAUAUUACGUGGCAUUUGAAAAAUUCAUACUUUAUUUUUAAAAAAAUUGUCAAAAAUCUGUUUUACUUAUCCUUUGACUGUUAAUUUAUUUAUAUUUGUUGGACUAGAUAAAUACCACAAAUUUAUAUUUAAAGUUUUUCCACCAA